AUGUCUCACCAUAAUAUUGAUGAUAGUAACUCUUCUUCUAGUAGUUCUGAACAAUCAGAAGGAGAAGAAGAAUUCGACGAAGAGGAUGAAGACGAAGAUGAAUAUGAACAAGAAUGUCCUACAACCGGAAUGAAACAUCCUCCUCAAGUAAAUUCAUACGGAGAUGCUUUAAAGCCAGGAAAAGAUGCACUUCAUUGGGGGGUUUUGAGGCCAUUUGAUUCAUCAUAUCCAGGUAUUGAUUUAUAUGGAAGUAAAAUGUAUAUUGGACAACAUUCCUUUAAUUAUGUAUUAGAGAAUGUAGGUGUAGAAAUUUGUAUAUCAUAUAUUCAUCCAGGAGAAGCUUCAUUAGAAAUCACUUCAUCUAAUGGAUUUGUUUAUAUUAAUCAACGAACAGUUAGAAAAGGAGAUAAAGUUGUAUUAAAAGAAGAAGAUGAAAUUGGAUUUUAUUAUUCAAAGACAUAUGUGUUUACAUUAUUCUUUGAUGAAAAACCACAAAUGUGUUUAAUUGAUGAAAUAAAAACAAAUCAAGGAAUUACAGUAUUUAACAAAGAACAACCAAUUCAAAAAAUGGUUUUCCCUGAAAUUAAAACUCCAAUUAAGCCAAUAUCACAAGCAGAAGUACUUGAAGCUAUUUUCAAAAAAUUUGGAAGAAAUAGAAUUAGUCAAGACGUUGAAGGAAAAUUUUUAAGAAAAGAAAUGAAUAAAGCUACAUUAAAAUUUUUAAGACCAUGUGAAAUUGAAGCAUUAAAAUAUACAUGUGAAAUACCAUUUGUUCAUCCUGAAUUAAUUAAAUUUACUAAAUCUAUUACGAGUUUGUAUCGUACAUUAUUACUCACUAUUCCUAAAGGAGGUAUGAAACAUUUAUCACGUGUUGUUCAUGCAUUGGCUGAUGAGUACGAUGUUCCUAUGUUAGAAAUUAAUUACGAUACACUUGGAAUGACUAUGGAUGCAAAGUCUCAAGAAAGAAAACAAUUUUAUGCAGGUCAAUUAGUUCAAUUUAUUGGAAAAGGAAAAAGACAAAGAGAUUUUGUAGAUGAUAUUGAAUUAGGGACAAAAGGAGUUGUACUAUAUGUUAAAGAUUCUCAUGCAGCAGUUAAUUUUGAUUAUUUUAAUAAAACAGUCGCAUGUUUUGUUGAUAUUGAGUAUUUAGGAAAUAUUGAUGAAGAAAUACCAGAUACUGACCAAAGAGUUAUUGGUAAGUUAGAUGAAAUUAUUGACAUGUAUGGAAGAAAAAAUAGUUCAGAAGAUAAGAAAGGAAAAAUGAUAAUUUUAAUUAACAAUAUUUCAUCUAUGAAUGAUAACAUACAAUUAAUGAGUGAUUUUAAAUCUUAUUUAAGGGCAUUUCAAUACUCUGAUAAAAAUGCUAUUAUUAUUGGAACUAUGGUCACACCUCCUCCUCCAUCAAAAUCACAGUCAGGACCUCAAAUGGAUCAAUCAUUAUGUAUGUUGGGUGUUAAAGAAUUUAGGUUUGAAACUAUUCCUUUUAGUAAAGCUACAAAGGAUCAACAAAAAGAUUUAAAUAAUAUUUCAAAAUUAUUUGGUAAUGUAUUAAAGUUCUCACCACCAACUGGAGAACUUGAACGUUCUUGGAAAGCUUUAGUUAAUGAAGAUGCCAAAAUGGAAAAGAUUGCAAAAAAUAGAGAAAUGAUAAUCGCACAAACAACAGCUUUAAGAAUUAAAUUACUUCAAUACCCAGGAGAAGAAAUGACUGAAAGUUAUACACCAGAACAAAUAGAAAAAGCUAUUGGAAUAGCAAUUGAAGAAGCAAGGAGUAGUACUGGAAUUGCAAAUGAAUUAAGCAAAGAGCAAAUUGCACAUGGAUUAAACACUGUUAGAGAAAAGAAAAAUAUUGAUAUUGAAGAAAUGGAAACAGAUAAUGAAUUUGAAAAGAAAUUAUUAUCAGACGUUAUUAGAGCAGAUGAUAUUAAUGUGUCAUUUGAUGAUAUUGGAGCAUUGGAUGAUGUAAAAGAAGUAUUAAACGAAACUAUUACAUUACCAUUAAAACGGUCAGAAUUGUUUUUCUCUAAGUUAACACAAGGAGCUAAAGGAGUGUUAUUAUUUGGACCACCAGGAACAGGAAAGACUAUGUUAGCUAAAGCGGUUGCAACUGAAAGUAAAUCAAACUUUAUUAAUGUAUCAAUGUCAUCACUUGGAUCAAAAUGGUUUGGAGAAGCUGAGAAGUAUGUUAAAGCAUUAUUUACGUUAGCCUCUAAAUUGUCUCCAUGUGUUAUUUUUGUCGAUGAGGUGGAUGCUUUGCUUGGAAAACGUUCAAGUAGUGAACAUGAAGCAGUUAGAAAAAUGAAAAAUGAGUUUAUGUCAUUAUGGGAUGGGCUUAAAAGUAAAGAAAUGGAACGAGUAAUUGUAAUGGCAGCAACAAAUAGACCAUUUGAUUUAGAUGAUGCAGUGUUAAGAAGGUUAAGUAGAAGGAUUUUAGUUGAUCUUCCAAAUGAAACAAAUAGAGUGCUAAUCUUAAAAAAAAUUUUAAGAAGAGAAGACGUUGAGAAAGAUUUAAAUUAUUCUAUUAUUGCUCAACAAACAGAAGGAUUUAGUGGAAGUGAUUUAUUUGCAUUGGGACAAAUGGUAGCUAUGAGACCGAUCAAAGAGUAUUUAGCUAAAGAAGUAAAAGGACAAAAAAAAGAUAUGAAUCCCGUUUUAAGACCUUUAAGUACUCAAGACUUCUUAGAAGAAGUUAAAAAGAUAAAUCCUUCUGUUUCUAAAGACAGUAGUUCUUUGAAUGAAUUAAGAAGAUGGAACAGUCUUUACGGAGAAGGAGCAUCUACAGCAUCAACUAGUCUAAAAUAUUUCUUAUAA